ACAAAAUAGCCCGACGAAAGCUCCUAAAUUGACCGGCAAAAGCAGGCGGAGCCUAACCUCUGCUUGGAGGCUAGUGUCUUGCAAUUGUGUUGCUUAUUUUACCCCUUGUUUUAACAAAUACCUGACCUGACCUUUGCACCGCUAGAUAUAAAGGUAUCAGUAGAUCGGUAACAUCGGCGUCCUCUUCAGAAUAGCUACCAUAUAGGCUUCGCCAACAGCGAAAAGGACUGCCUACUCUCUCGAAAUGGCUGCGUCAGCAGAUGAUGAGCAGAGUCGUGAUGUCUCUGAGUUCCUCCGCCUCCUGUCUGCCCGACUCCCCGCCGGCGUUACCGGCACCACACUGGUCAUGUGGACCCUGGCGUUGGUACUGGCUGUCCGUCUGGCUGUGUACGUGGUGAACUUCAUAGCGUGGCAGGUAAAGAUCAGGAGGGUCGUGAAGCAGUUUCCUGAAGAUGAAUUCCAUUCGGACCAGUUACUGUCUCAUGAUCAUAACUAUCACUACUUUACCUGCUGGCAGACUCCGAUAAUCGCCUUAACAUUCUGCAGCCAUCCCGAGACCGUCAAACUCAUCCUCAGUAACAAAACACGAAAGACGGAGUGGGUGUACAGGUUCUUUAGACCAUGGCUCGGAGACGGUCUUCUACUCAGUGAUGGCCCCAAGUGGCAGAGGAACAGACGCCUGCUGACUCCCGCGUUUCACUUCGACAUCCUGAAGCACUAUGUAAAGCUGUUCUCUGAGUCAACUGCUGUGCUUCUGAACAAGUGGUUGUCACGUGGCGCAGCUGGUGCAUCUGUUGAGCUGUUUGACCACAUCGGGCUGAUGACGUUGGACAACAUCCUGAAAUGCAGCCUUGGUUACAACAGCAGGUGCCAGACUGACGGCCAGUCGGCCCCGUACGUCCUGGCUGUACACGACUUGACCAAACUGAUCGAAGACCGGCCUGACUAUCUUUCCAACCACAUCGAUUUCAUCUACUACCUCAGCGCAGACGGACGUCGAUUCCGCAGGGCCUGCAAGAUCGUCCACAGUUUCUCCGCACAGGUAAUAAAAGAAAGGAAAGAGGAACUGAAGAAGAAAGACUCCAGUUUCAAAAGCGGGAAGUGUUUGGACCUGUUAGAUAUCUUGCUAAAAGCGAAGGAUGAAGACGGCACCGGGCUGAGCAUUUCCGAGAUCCAAGACGAAGUCAACACUUUCCUGUUCGGUGGUCACCACACCACGGCCAGUGGAAUCAGCUGGACACUCUACCAUCUGGCCAAACACAAGGAUUAUCAGGACAAGUGCAGGAGGGAGGUGGAAGGGGUGCUGCAAGGACGGGCAGAAAUGACAUGGCAUGACGUUGGUAAACUGCCGUUCAUCACCAUGUGCAUCAAAGAGAGCAUGCGCUGUGUCCCCCCUGUUCCUCGAGUGGCACGGUCUUUGAAGCAGGACCUGACUUUCGUUGGUGGAAAAUGGUUACCAAUGGGAAGCCCAACAAUGACUGACAUUGCUGGAACUCAUAGGAACAGAGACAUUUGGCCAAAUCCAACGGUAUACGAUCCUUACCGCUUCUCACCCGAGAACUCUGCGAACAGACAUCCCUACGCUUUCCUGCCCUUCUCCGCAGGACCAAGGAACUGCAUCGGGAAAAACUUCGCCAUGAACGAGAUGAAGGUGUCGGUGGCGCUGAUCCUGCAGCAUUUCCAGCUGGAGCUGGACGAGACCAAAUCGCCAGCUGUUCCCUUUGACAGUUUAACUGUGCAGGCUAAGGAUGGGAUAUGGGUGAAGCUUCAUCCGGUCAAGAACGAUACUUAAUGUCGAAACAGAAUGUGUCCAAAAUAUGAAAGUCUUCAGUCUAUGCCGGUAUUUUCUUAGUACUAGUAAUUAUACAAUGCCCCUAGCGAUAAUGGGCUGAUCUUCAAGUGAUAGUUACUUCACAUAAUGAAGUCCUAAAUAUGUCUUACAUGAGUUUCCCUUAAUGUAUACGUCACUAAUGAAAAUAAUUUAUAUCCAUAGAUAAAUUUCAUAUACGGUAGUAAUACAUAUGGCUAUAUAAUUGUCUUCAUCGUCAUCUCGUCGUGAAGCGGUCAGGAUGCUUAAUUUUAAUGUGAACAAAUUUUAAGCGAUUUAUACAAUGGAGACCAGAAACCGCUCAGCAUGUACGGAUUUUUUGCUUGUAAUUGUACCAGAGUUGCAUUGAAUUGUGA